AUGGAUUUUCGUCACCGAAUAGCAUGGGCGAGCCUGUGGCUUGUCACUGCUCUGAUCUGGCUUGCUGAUGGCAAAGCUCUCAACGAGACAUUGUACAAGCCGAGAUUUAAGCCUCCGUCGAAGUCAACACCACGAUUCGCUAAAGAUGCCAAUAUAAGUGUUGCUGGUCGCCCUGUCCUCUACAACUCCCACAAAUUUGCAACUACGGGCGACCUGCCAAUCGGAACUUGCGCCCCUGGGACCCCUUGUGUUAACGGAGCUUGUUGCAGCAAGGCAAGACUGUUCUACUCCAUCUUUUUAGAGCCACGGCUAAUGAUUGUGUCGGUAUAG